UUCCCUUUGUAGAUAUCAUAGGGCUGGUUCCUUUAUUCUGACGUUUUUGGACAGAUUAUAGCAUGACACCGCGGCCUGGAAUCUGUAUUUUAGCCGUAAAAGGCCCACAUCUGUUUUACAUAAAAGCACAUUCUCGUUUUCCAGAGGAAGUUUUCAAAAUGAAUGAUCUCAUCAUGUGUGGAAACACUUCCUUUGCAACAACAAACAGGGCGUGGACAUUGUGGUGUUUCACUAUUUGCUGUUUUCUUGAAAGACUUUUGUCACUACAGCUACUCGUCAGCAUAUAUAGGAGCAGAAAGCCCAUUAUUGACUAUAAUAUACAUCUAAUCCCCUUCCUUAGGGUAUUUUACAAGCUGGGAAUGUAUAAAGAUUUUUUUUCCAUUAUUACAGCCUUGCAGCUGUUCCUGCAAACAACAGGCCAACCACCCAAAAGCGGCUUGUGCAUUGGGAAUGAUUGCUACACCAUACACCAGGACUCCAAGGCGUUUCAGAAUGCAAAUGAUGUGUGCAGCACGCAGCAAGGACAUUUAAUGACAGUGCGAUCAACAGUGGCCAACGAUGCAAUGGCUACCCUGAUGGCUAACGAACAAGGAGAUUUCUGGAUUGGCCUGCAGCUUCCUGAAGGACAAUGCACCAACAAUGAUAUAACACUAAGAGGGUAUGAGUGGGUAACAGGAGAAGAAAGCACACGUUUUUCAAAUUGGAAAGGCAAUGAUUCAACAUGCACUCAGCAGUGUGUCUCGGUUUCCAGUGAUCUAAUUUGGGAAGAAAGACCAUGUCAGGAUAAACUGGCAGGAUUUUUGUGUGAAUACAAUUUCAAUAAAACAUGUGAAGCUCUACCCGCAGAUACGGACCUCUCUAUUCUAUACAGCACAACACUAGGUUUUCAGGGAGCUGACCUUAGAUCACUUCCACCGGGAAGUACUGCAACCUGUUCACCCUCUGGUUUCAAAGUUUACUGUUCCAGUAAAGGCGAUUGGAUGGUGGGUCCUUGGGAUUGCCAGAUUGAUAAUGGUGGUUGUGAACAUCAGUGCCAAAUGAUCAACAGUCAGCCCCAGUGCAUCUGUCCACCAGGUAGUCAGCUGAAAGGUAAUAAGUUUACCUGCAUGGAAAUAGAUAUAUGCAGCAUUGCAACUUGUGAACAUAUAUGUGUUCCUCAUAAUGACAGCUACUUAUGUAUGUGUCAAGAAGGAUAUGAUCUGGAUCCAGAUGGCAAGCGAUGCAGAGACAUUGAUGAGUGUAAAAUUGGGCACAAUCUUUGUGAACAGGACUGGGUGUGUGUGAACACACCUGGAAGUUUCGAAUGUAAGUGCAAAUCUGGGUUUGUUGAGGAGAAAGGGGCAUGUGAAGAUGUUGAUGAAUGCCAGAGAUACCCCUGUGAUCAUGACUGUAAAAAUGUACUGGGGAGCUACCAGUGUACCUGCUUUGAGGGGUACAUUCAAGACUCAGAAAACCAUCUCAAAUGUAAGUUACAUUGUUCUACUUCUGAAUGCCCUGCUGAAUGUGAUCCAAAUAUAAGCUGGCAAUGUCAUUGUCCAGAUGGAUUUGUAUUGGACAUGAGGGAAAAUGGGCAUUUCUGCAUAGACAUAAACGAAUGUGAGAUGGGGACCUACUGUGAGCAGCUGUGUGAUAACUCAUUUGGAAGUUUUACAUGUUAUUGUCACGAUGGAUACUCUAUUGACAGUGAUGGGUAUUCUUGUGUUCCUGAAGAUACUGAAGAAGGUUCAGGCACCACAGGAGUUACUCCAGUCAUUAGCAUUUUUGUUAACCCCACUUCAAACUGUACUAUAGAGGGGCAAACUCUGUUAACACCCGGAGCUCUUUUUGGAAUCAUCGUUUGCAUUGUGGUGGUGAUCUUGAUCCUAGCUUUCCUUGUGCACCACAUUCUUAAACAGCGUGUGAAAUGUGAUGCAUCUUCAGACUUUAAAAGCAGCGGUGCAGAAGAAGAAGUUGACCUUCAGCAGGUGACCACACUGAAGUAUGCUUAGAUGUCUUUGUUUGUUAAUAGAAAUUAAAAAACGGAGUUAUGCAACUGACAACAUUAGUUUCUGGUAACAUUCGUCACAAUAGGCCAGAUGUUUGAAGCUCUAUAUUAUUUGCACAUGUAAAGGAGGAAGCACCUAUUAUAAUUCUUAUGAUUUUUCAUUUCUGAAAAAUAUGUCAUGAUGAUCAAAGCAGAGAUUGAAGUAAAGAGCUUUGAGUAUCUAAGCAAUGUGUAAGACAAACGUCAAAUGACACCUUUAUAUCAUGGAUACAUUACUAGGUGUUAUGGAUUGAUAUGGUGGAUUUAUAUAAUGGCAGCAGGAAUAUUACAGGUAUAAUUCACUGGUAAUGUUUUUAGACAUCGGUUCACUCAUGGAUAAACUGACUGCAAAUAAUCUGCUUUACUAUGUAACCUAAGUGUAUUUGCUGCAUAUAAUUGUGCUUUUUUAAUGAUGUUUAAUUGUUUAAUGUAUUUUGCUUUCCAUCCAUAUCUGCUGCUGUCUGCCCCAGGACACUACUGUUAUUGAAGUUUUCGAUCUGAAUUUGAAGAAUCUGAAGUUUUCGAUAGUAUUUGAUCCAUAUCCUCAAUUAUAUAUUUAUAUAUAUAUAUAUAUAUAUAUAUAUAUAUAUAUAUAUAUAUAUAUAUAUAUAUAUAUACACUAUGGCCUACAUCCCUAAUAAGAUAUAACAGCUACUGAUGGAAAUCUGUGGGUGAGAUAUACAGCAAUAUUAUUUUACAUACUGUUCACAUAGUUUUAGUUUUUUGUGCAACUAUUGAAGGUUUAAUAUGUUCUGAUUGACGUUUUCUUUUGACAGUUUCCUUUAAAUUUAAGCAUGUAACUCUUUAAAAAUAAAAUAUCAGAAGCUUCA